AUGGAGAGAAGAGGAGAUGGUCCUGAAAAAGAAGGCGUGAGAGAGGAAAUGCUUGAAGAGGAGCUCCCGACAUUUCCGAAAGGGUCUACCGCGCCAACUGGACCACAGCUGAUACAUGCCCGAAGUGAAAACCCUGGCAUUCCGUUCAAAAGCUUGUCAGGUUGCGGUGAUGUAAAUGAAACAGAGCGUGGGCAUAUCGUAAGUGCGUGUGAUAUGAAUCCAAGCCAACGUGAAGAAGAUGAGCAAGCAACCCAAAUAUCGACCGCCUGUACUGUGGACGAAAACAUGAACCAUGGAGGAAACCAAGUAGAAACGCCUAAAUAUGUGCAGAUGUCACCUCCAACUCUGCCUCCCAAAUCAGAGGAGUCCGUGUCAACUUGUAAUACGAUUGCGAUGGGGUCAGGCGAGGAACUUCCUGUCGCAAAACUCAAAGUUAUCAAACUGGAUGAUGCAGAUGACGAUGAAGAUGCUCGUGAGCCACGACUGAAAGCCGGUUCUUCAGCUGAUGGGGUUAGUACCGAGCUGCAGCAGUUCAACUUCUCCUCACAAACGUACCAUCAUAUGAAAUUAGAUUAUUUCAGAGUGUAUACUACGGCUGUGGAGAAGCACGCGUAA